GCGUUUUGUUGUACUUAUGUUCAAUUUUAAUCGCCGCGCCGAUGAUUGCCGCUCGCCGGCGUGCUCUGCUUGAUACUGUUAUUACAUUUUCAGUUAACAUUAUAAAAAUCAAUCGCGGGCGUGAAUGGUGAUUUUUCGGCUUUAAGAAGUAUAGCCUGGAUAUCGGAAGUAUUUAGGAAAACUCCCACUGUAGCAAAAAUGGGCCGUUUCCUGUCGAAGGAAAACCUAGAGGGUUUCGAUAAAUAUAAGUAUAAUUCUAUUGAUACGAGUGUUCUUAGCAACUAUGUUAUGCACCCAUUCUGGAAUUGGUGUGUUCAAUUCUGCCCAGUGUGGGUAGCGCCCAACCUGCUAACCUUCACCGGCUUCCUACUGACCGUCCUCAAUUUCCUCCUAUUCUCCUACUACGACUACGGGUUCUUCGCGUUAACCGAGGCCGGUGGUGACGGGAUCCCGAGGUGGCUGUGGGCUGUGUCCGCUGUCAACCUGUUUGUGGCAUAUACCCUGGAUGGGAUCGACGGCAAGCAGGCGCGACGCACUGGCACCAGCGGUCCGCUGGGGGAACUCUUCGACCACGGCCUGGACUCUUACUCUGCUGUGUUUAUCCCCGCUUGUCUCUACAGCAUAUUCGGAAGAGACGAGCUGAGCCCUCUACGCAUGUUCUUCGUGAUCUGGAACAUCUUCAUCAACUUCUACCUGACGCACUGGGAGAAGUACAAUACUGGCGUCAUGUUCCUACCGUGGGGCUACGACUUUACCAUGAUCGGCUCCUGUCUCCUGCUAUUGAUAACGUCAGUGAUUGGUCCGACGGCGUGGCGCGUGGCUCUGCCCGGCGGCCUAACCCCAGGCGUGGUGUUCGAGCUGGUACUCUACCUGUCCGCCAUGCUGACCUCGCAGACCACCAUCUUGUUCAACAUAUACAAGUCCUACCGCGACGGCACGGGCAAGAUGCGGUCGUUCAACGAGGCGCUCCGCCCCCUGUACCCCGUGGCCGUGUUCUUCGCCGUGAGCUCGCUGUGGGCGCUGCGCUCGCCGAGCGACAUCGUCGACCGCGCCCCGAGGCUCUUCUAUAUACUGACGGGGACCAUAUUCUCCAAUAUUAACUGCCGUCUGAUCGUCGCCCAGAUGAGCGGCACCCGAUGUUCAGCUUGGAACGCCCUCCUACUGCCAUACACUGUGUGCUGCGUCGCCUCGCUCACAAUCCUGUCUCCAGCCGCGGAGCUAUACGUACUGAUCGCGCUCACGGCGGCGAGUACUGUGGCGCAUGUCUACUACGGCACUAGAGUGGUGCAGGAAAUGUGUGAACACUUCAAGAUCAACUGCUUCCAUAUCAAGCCAAAAAUUAAAUAAGUGAUUAGAGCCUAGUCGAAAUGUUUAUUAUAAUUAAUUAAAGGUUGCGGUAGAUGUCUGGUCAAGGUAUUCGUUAAGGACAUAGUGAAAUUUUGCCAUAAAUGGCAUAAUGCAAAAGCAUGUAUAUCUAACUUUAUGGUGGAAACGUGUAUGUAUGCACAAUGUAUACAGAUAUAAGAAGGAACCUAAUUAUAGUACGAGGUUUGAAGAAGCGUAAAGUACCCACACCGUACCGCAGCCAUUUUGAAAUUCAUAGUUGUACCUACACAAGAAAAAUCUUGGUGUUUAUGGGGUAUGGUUGUUUUGUGUUUAGAAUUUUCAGCAGUCACAGGUUUCGAUUAGAAGCCACUUUUUUACGUCUUCCGAUGGAUGAAGACGCCUAUAGAUAUUCCUAUCAGCGUAAUAUUAUAGUUAGAGUUAGACCAAGAAUUUUGAUAGCCUACGCAGUGCAAGUGUUAUUUUAUACUUCAUAAUUUCAUAGAAGUUUGACGUUUAAAAUGACACUUGCACUGCGUGGGCUAUCAAAAUCGCUGCAGACUUUUCUUGGUCUAACUCUAGAACGAAUCUCAUCGCGGGCAACCAACUUCCAUUUUCUUUAUAAACUAAUUUAAGUCUUGCCAAAUAUGUACUUUAUUUACUUCCUUAGCUAUUAUAAAGCUAGAAUUUAACCAAAUGUUACUAGAAACACUAGUCAAUAUUAACGCCACAUAUUCAAAAUGGCAUUUUUACAUUUAUAAUAUUAAUAUAACAUAGUAUAACAUUUUCUCAUGAACGUUUGGGUUAUUCCCACUAGUUACCACCAAGUUGCUACCAGUGGUAACUACUGGGAUUUUUUUCCCACCUUUUACCACUGGUAACUGGUAGCAUAACCGAUUUGGUGGUAACUACUGGGAAUUAUUUUUCCCAGUAAUUACCAGUGGUAAAAGGUGGACAAAUUCCCAGUAAAUGCCACUGGUAACUAGUGGGAAUAACCUGAACUUUUUAAUCUAUAUCAAACCAUUCAAUAGACUUAAAUAUUUUUCGAUCAUUCUUGUUGUACAAAUGUACAGUCACCUGCAAUAAUAUGUUACUCUUCGAAGACCGCAAAAAUAUAUGACACGUUCUUAUGGCUCUACAAAUACGAUCGUGUCAGAUAUUUUUGCGGCCUUCGUUGUGUAACAUAUUAUUGCAGGUGACUGUACCUACUGAUUUCGAUACUUAUACAAAUUUUAGUAUGCAGUGUAUCUGACCAAUUAUUGAAAUAUUGUUAAGCCUAAAGACAGAGCCUAGGAAUUAAAUAGGAACCUUAAAACCACCCAACUAUAGUUAGUCCAAAAUCUUCCAAUUAUGGGCCAAAAUUAACUCGAAUUUUCGUCUCGAACCGCCUCGCGGGGAAAUAGCUGCGCGAAGCAGCUCGGUCGCAG